GGAAUGUGCGCAUGCGCAGAGUGUCUGUACUGUUCUCCGGUUCUCCGGUGAGUGUGGCGGCCCGGGAUGAGUCCGGCUCCGGUUAACCCGCUGCUGUGGUUCCGCGUGUGCGAUGACGGAGACCUGGAGAGCUGCCGGCGGCUGCUGGAGGACCCGGGCGGACUGGCGCAUGUGGACGGAACCGAUGAGGAGGGAAACACGGCCCUGAUGUUCGCCUCCGCCGGGGGACACGAGCUGCUGGUCCGGUUCCUGCUCCGGAAAGGAGCGUCGGUGGACCGGAGGAACCACUACGGCUGGACCCCGCUGAUGCAGGCCGCCAGGUUUGGUCAUGUCAGCGUGGCUCAUCUCCUGCUGGAGAACGGAGCAGAGAUCAACGCCAGGAACCGUAUGGGUGCGAGUGUGUUGGCCAUGGCGGCCCGCGGCGGACACACACACACGGUCAAACUCCUGCUGGAGAACGGAGCGUUCGUGGAUGACUGCGAGCACGUGUGUGUGUCUGAGGGGAACACAAACACACACAGCAGCGCCGGCAGUGUGCAGGAGGCGCAGGCUCUGCUGGAGGUGCGGGCGCUGCUGGCAGCGGCUCAGCAUGGGCAGGGGGCCGCCGUGGCUCUGCUGCUGGACUGGGGCUCUGACGCUCGGGUCUGCCACACCGGCACCGGCUGGAGCGCGCUGAUGCUGGCGGCGGCCGGCGGGUCCCUGAGCGUCUGCCAGCAGCUGGUGGAGCACGGAGCCGACCCCGACCACACCAACGUGCUGGGAAACACCGCCCUGGAGGUGGCGCUACAGCUGCGGCGUCGCGACGUGCAGAAAUACCUGGACAACAUCACCAGCGUGCGCCCGCGGCCAGAUGACGAGAAGAAGAGGCCCGAUGUCUUCCAUGCACUCAAACUGGGAAACGCUCAGCUGGUGAAGGAGAUUGUGGAGCAGGACGCGGCGCAGGUGGAUGUGUGUAACGCUGACGGAGCGUCUCCGCUGAUGAUGGCAGCAGUCAGUGGGCAGCUGGAGGUGGUGCAGCUGCUGGUGGAGAAACAGGCAGACGUGAACAGGCAGGACUCGGUGCACGGCUGGACGGCGCUCAUGCAGGCCACGUAUCAUGGGAAUAAAGAGGUGGUGAAGUUCCUGCUGAGUCAGGGCGCAGACGUGCAGCUGCGGGCCAAGAACGGCUACACGGCCUUCGACCUGGUGAUGCUGCUGAACGACCCCGACACAGAGCUGGUGCGGCUGUUAGCAUCAGUGUGUAUGCUGGUGGAUAAAGACAAGAGUAAGCAGCGGGGUAAAGCAGCGCUGAAGAGGCGUGCGUCCGCCAGCGCUCCGUCUCCACCUGAGGAUAAAACUGGCCUGAAGUCCUGGUGGAACCGCAUGUCGAACCGCUUCCGCAGACUGAAGCUGACGCACACACUCCGACAUGGGCUCUCCACCAAUCGGCUCGCUCCGUUCCCCAACACCGCUGAUGUUCCUCUGGACGCCACCAUGAGGGCGGAGGCGGGUGGAGCGGAGGCCGGAUCCCCCACAGCGCCCUCUGCUGGAGCGCAGACCACCGCCUGCAGCCGCACAGAGGACUGCGGUCUGAACGGAACAGGAAGUGGGAAGGAGGACUUCCUCAUCACCACAAUGCUCCGGAAUGGCGCUCCGCUCGCCCGUCUGCCCAGCGAGCAGCUGAAGGCCGUGAUCCCGCCGUUCCUGCCGCCCUCCUGCUUCGAGCCCUGGAGCUCCGAGCGCUGCGGGUCGCUGAGGGACGCACGGAGCACACACACACACACACACUCGCACAGGCCUGGACGCAGCAGCGCAGGCUCCGAUACAACGUCCAUCAGUCGAGUGGUCAGCAGGACCAUCAAGUUUCCCAGCAUCACCAAAGGCCCCUCCCCCUCCAACUCUGGCAGUUAUAACUCCGCCCACUCCUCUGUGGGAUCUAAUGGUGUGGGAGGAGUCAACCGCCAUACUGACACGCACAACCGCUCAGGGGGCAGCGCUGCAGACAGUGUUCUCUCCCAGAUCGCGGCUCAGAGGAAGCGUGCAGCAGGUCUGAUGGACAGCCGAAGCCCCGCCGCGGACACGCCCAGCCCUGCACACACACCCCUGCCCGACAGCAGACCGAAGCUGGAGUUGCAGAAGCGUCCUCAGUCAGGAAACUCGUCCCGCUCUAAGAGCACAUCGCCCACCCUCACACCCUCACCCUCACCCACGCCCGCACACACACCUGCGCACACACCCGCGUCCAGACCCCCCGGCGCCUCCGCAGACUCUCAAGGCUCCACGUCUACACAGCAGCGCUCCAGGAGCAGUGGUGGAUCCAGCAGCGGCACCAUCACUGACGAGGAUGAGUUGUCGGGGAUUCUGAGGAAGCUCUCUCUGGAGAAAUAUCAGCCCAUCUUUGAGGAGCAGGAGGUGGACAUGGAGGCGUUCCUCACACUGACUGAUGGAGACCUGCAGGAGCUGGGCAUCCAGACAGACGGCCCACGGCAGCAGAUACUGGCCGCUAUAUCAGAGCUGAACGCUGGGAAGGGUCGAGAGCGGCAGAUCUUACAGGAGACCAUCAUCAACUUCCAGUCCUCAUUCGGCAGCAGCGCCAGCACACCGCACGCAGCCACACACACACACUGAACACACACACGAUACACACACACUGAACACACACACACACUGAACACACACACGAUACUCACACACUGAACACACACACACACUGAACACACACACGAUACUCACACACUGAACACACACACACACUGAACACACACACGAUACACACGCACUGAACACACACACACACUGAACACUGCACAGGACACCCUAGCAACCACAUAUCACACCUUAGCAACUGCAGUGCAUGAACUGUCGAUGAGUGUGUGUGCUGCAGGUGUGCGAGUCUUCCAGCAGGGGGCGCCGCUACUCCUCCAGUGUGUGUGUGUGUGUGUGUGUGUGUGUGUGUGUGUGUUGGUUUUGCUAUACUUGUGAGGACCAACUAUUGAGAAACAACCAAUGUUGUGAGGACAUUUUUCUUUGUGAGGACAUUUUAGGUGGUCCUCACAAAUAAAAUGCUUUAAUGGCCUCCAAAGGGCCUAUACUUGAUGCUGUGCAAAUUUCAGCAAAAGUCCUCACAGCAAUAGUAAAACUGAAAUUUGGUGUUUAGCCUUGUGUCCGCGAGCUCCCCCAUCGGUCACACACGUGUACUGCAAUCUUAAAUCUCGGGAGGAGGAGCAUGAGUGAGAGCGGAUUUUUCCUAUUGGACGACAGCUCCCUCGCUGGGGAAUUUUUGUGAUUGGCCAUUUCAGUCCCAUU